AUGUGCUCCAAGUUAUACGUUGUCGUUUGCCUGGCUUCCCAAUCCCAUUCAACCAAAUCCCGAUUAUCUUAUCCGAUCGCUUCACAGACCGUUGAGCUCUGAUUUUCACAAAUCCUCCGACUUUUUUCCUCCCAAAUUUGCCGCCACCUAUAUUAUUUCCGAUCUCAAAAUUGUGGGAAAUUGUCCGAAUGUCCAAAUGAGAUCCCUAAUUUUCAAUUGCCCCACCUCGAUUAAUCCCAUGAUCAAUUCAAUUGGUGCGCGUAAACUCACAAAAAAAGUCGAAUUAUCGACCAGCAGCUUUCAGUUAUCCGGCCAUCGGAACUUUGGUGUUAGGGUUUCCAAAUUUUCCGGAAAAACUUGUUAUUCGAGUUUUCCGAGCGAGAGCAAUGGCGGCCAAGAUGAGCAGAGUACAGUUCAAGGCCUCUGGGUUCCCAGCGAUUGGAUGGAAGCUUCUAGAGCCCUCGAGGAGUCAGAAUGGCUCAGAGUAACCCUUCAAAAAUGGCUGGACGAUGAGUACUGCCCGGAGCCCACUAAUAUAGAAAUAAGCCGAGUUGCUGCAAAAUCAUUCUACAAAUCGCUGAUGGAGAAGAGAGUCGAUUUGGGAGACAUUUUGUUGAAAAUGGCAGUAGAAUUAGAGUCUAUCUCCUAUCAAGAAAGCUUUCAUGGGGCAUUUUCGUCGGCAAAUGCAGCCGUUGAUCUUAUUGUACAACGAAUACUAGAGUAGGCAAUUACUGCUUCGUGUAGACAAAAAAUAAAGAAAAACAUUCUUCAUGUUUGUUCCACUGUUUUUGUGUAAUCCUUCUUUAACAAGCAUAUUGCGACAAA